AUGUGUCCAAGCAAACCAUCACAGAACGCUCCAAUCUUCUAUCCACAAAACUGCCAAGGCAGUCAUGUUUUGAAGCUGCAACUCAGUGCAAAGACCGCUUGGGAAGUUCUCAUGGCUGCAGACAGCUUUCAGCUGUCAGCUCUCCGGGAAUCAGCCACGCAUGCCAUCCUCGUCGAAGCGAAUACGGCAUUGGAGGAACGACCGGCCGUGAGUGACGAGUUGUUGCACGACGUGCUGAGUUCUAACUUCCUGUGCAUUUCCGAUGAAGAGCUGCUGGAUCUUCUCCUGAGGUGGAAGGAAGCUGAGGAAGGUUGCAGAAGCAAACUGGACCUCAUCCAAAAGUACGUAUGCUUGAAGAACGUUCCGGCAGAAAAGGUCAAAGCCAUGGUGUUGAUGCCCGAGCUCGGAUUCUGUCAGUCUGUCAGAUUGAAGAGAGUUCGCAGUGUGUAUACCAAUAAUGUGCUUUAUACUCUCAGGCUGCGCUGCGAGAAACAACAUGGAGUCUUUUCUCAAAGGCUACUCCUUUCAAACUGGGUGAAUGUCGUCCACAGUGGAGUAUCUUUCUGGAGCCUAGCGAAUGUGGCAUCUCAGUUUGAUGUCGAGACCGUGGAGGCAGGGAACUGGGUGGAAUGGAAGUUCCCGCGAUUUGCCGUGAAGCUCCGUGCCCUUGUGUUUCAAUUUGCUGUGGAAGAAGGUACUCACUUCAUCGUGUCAUGUGGCAAGAGCAACCGAGGAUCUAUGGAAGAGGUGUUCCGUUCUGAGGAGCACGGUCAAAUCUCUAAGGGCCAGGUCUGCCCGUGCGAAUGCGAUUUCGUGGCCAACAGUCUCAGGGUCCAAGUGACCUCUGGCACCUUCAACGUGUGCGGGUGUCAGUUUGAAGGAUUUCUUCUAUAA